AUGGUAUUUGGUAAGAAUUUUGAUGGAAAUGGUGGGAAUGUACUAAGGCAACGCCACCUAACAAACACUGUUGGACUUUCAAAACAUUGUUCUGUGGAUCCUACGUUGUUCCGUUUUAAGAACGCUGCAUUGAAUAAACCCGCACUGCAGAUCAGCACGUAUUCAUCAGGCACAGCGUCGAAGGCAGUAGACGGUAACAAAAAUCCACGUUUCGUUGACGGGUCAUGUAUGCACACAUGGUGGAAGGAAGGUCUACCAUUAUACCAAUGGUGGAUGGUUGAUCUGGAAAGAGAAUACAGAAUUGACAGCGUCAACAUCACAAACCGUCUACAUGCCGCAAAGAGACAGCGCGACUUCGACAUAUUUGUGUCACUCAACGGCACGUUUGUAGAUGAUGAUCACAUGACCGAUGAUUCCCUGUGUAUCCAUGUGUCAGGUGGAAUGGGUGGCGGGGAAACCAGAACAUUCACCUGUCGGACGCCAGUUUUCGGACAAUUUGUCCAGGUUUAUAUGGAAACGUUUGACAAAAGAAAUAUGAACAUUUGUGAAGUCACAGUUGAAGGUAACAGAUGA